GUGUGGGGGGGGCUGUCUUGUUUGCAGCUUGUCAGCAAUUGCUUGAGACAAGCUUCCCCUCCACCAUGUGUGAAAGCUACUUGGCGUGAAUACCCGGACUGUACCAAGUGGCGGCGAGUCAUGAGGGGGGAGCUGCAAGAAAAACAGACCCACGCAGAGACAAUAGGCCCCUGAAGUGUUCCCCCCGAGUUGCUUUGAUGUUGUCCUAGUGUCUAGAUGCUAGAGGGGACCAGGGCUUGUGAGGAAGAAGAAGUCUUUGUGUGCACUUUUUUUCACCAGCCAGGACAAAAGAGUGGGGAGUAAGAAGCCCAAAGGGAAGAAAAAACACAAAAACAAAUGAAAACCAAAGCGCUCCUCUAGAUGUUUUGUGUCCGCGGUAGUGGGGAAGCGAGGGAAGGAGAGAGCGAGUGAGGAGGAGAAGAGAGCUGCAGUAGCACAGGUUGAUUGGGUUUGUGAAUGGUCACUGUGAUCUUCUGCUGAGAGGGAGUGCUGGGAUCUGAGGCUCUGCGACAGUUGUGACUCCGGGCCGACGCUAAGCCAGUCAGCUUGCUUUGUCUGCCGGACCAAGGUCAAAGGGAACCCUGGGAUAGGCUCUCCUCGUGAGGAGUAGCCGGGGUCUCUUGAGACCUGGGGUCAUUUAAGCAGCGUUGGGGAUUUGACGAGCGCGGCCCAUUGCAAUGCAGACAUGGCCACGGCUAUAUCGUGACAGAGGGACAUGUGUGCCCAAGGACUGUGAGAGCUCCUUGAGGAGACUCCAGGCACACAGCACCUCACACGUACUGACAUCCAGAUGAUGCUGGAGGUGCAAGAGGAAAGAGCAGCAGGAAACUUCAGCCGGAAAGAGCGCGUCAAGAAGGAGCGGGACGAGGCAGGCCCAGACAGUGGCCGAGCCAAUAACCACGUUAACCCCUCUAAUAACCACAGCCCCGCCCCUAACUCCGCCCUUGCCGGCACAGGCCACAGGAACACCCGGGCCAAGGCCACACCCUCGGCCAGCCCGCACCAGCACUUGACUCCGUCCUCUGUCUCCCUGGGAUCGCCGUCAAUGCAUUCCAGCAAUCCCAAAGUGAGGAACUCCCCAUCGGCUAACACGCAGAGCAGUCCCAAACAGAAGCAGGAGGCCAUGGUGCGCUCUCCACCCGUCAUGUCUCCCUCCAGCGCCGCCCAGAUGGACUCAAAACUACCCAAUCAGGGAAAGCCAGGGGGCGCGGGCAGCCAAUCGCAGCCCUCGCCCUGUGACCCCAAAACUCUAGGCCCUAAGGGGCCCAUAGGGAGCCUAGGACUAAAAAACGGACAAGGCCUGAUUGCAGGCAACGGGGCCAAGGGCAAAAUGAAGAGGGAAAGAAGCACUUCGGUGGAGUCGUUUGAGCAGCGUGACACGGGGACGUCCAACAGCGAGGGGGAUCAGAAAGAGCUGGGCAGCCGAGCCAAGAGGCUGUGUGUAGCUGAGCGGCGGCAGCCCUACAGUGGAGCGGACUGGUGCUCUGGGGGCGAGAGUGACGAGGAAGACCCAGGGUUCUUUAACUGCAAUUCGAUAGAGAUGAAGCCUCUGGACUCCAACAACGCGCUCAGCUCGGCCACGUCGACCCACAAUGCCGUUGGAGGGCAGAGCAUGGAGCUGGGCGGCAGCGGUCCCAAGCCCGGGUCAAAGGUCGUGUACGUCUUCACAACAGAGAUGGCCAACAAGGCGGCUGAUGCGGUCUUCACAGGCCACUCGGACAACAUCAUUGCCUUCCACAUGAACAACAUCUCCAAGGGCAACAAGCCCCACCUACCUGUGAAUAAUCAGAUGGGACCCCCUCGGGGUGACUCCAAGCAGCUGGGCGGAGCCCCCCAGCAGCAGUCAUCUCACCCUUCUGACCAGAACCACCAGCAGGCCUCCAAAGCACCUCCACCAGGCCAACAGCAGCCAGCAGAAGCCCAGCCUCAGGGGGCCAAGCCUGGGAGCUUCCCCCAGGACGGGGCCGCCUCUGGGGGCAUGGACUCUAAGAGCGGAAGCCCCCAGGACGGCACCCCCCACGACCCUAACAGCAACCCUGGAGGGCCGCCUGGCCACCAGACCCCCUCUGGGGCAUCCCAACAGAGCUUCUCCUCUCUGGACCUUCCCAAUGGUGCCGACGCCAAACUCACGGCCCAGCAGCAGCAGCUGGCACACGAGCUGAUGUCCAGUAUGGGGGACAACUCUGAGGGCCUGUCCCAGGAGCAGCUGGAGCACCGCGAACGCUCCCUGCAGACACUACGGGACAUCCAACGCAUGCUCUUCCCCGAUGACAAGGAGUUAUCCCUCAAAGACAUGGUAGCCAUGGGGCAGGGCAACCCGGGCGGGCCCCCCGGCCCCAACCCCGGCAUGAUGGAGGGGGGGCCCAAGAAGCCAGGGGAGCAGGGCCCCCUCCAGGCCAUGAUGGCCCAGUCCCAGAACCUAGGGAAGCCUGGAGGCCCUGGGGGGCCCCGGCCCGAUGGUCCUCCAUUUGGGCCCGGAGGCCUCAGAGACAUGCCCUUCUCCCCAGACGAGCUGGGGCCCCUGCCUCCUGGGCCACCUAUGAACUCUCACGGAGGGCCCGGCGGUGAGCACGGGGAUCACACAGGGAUGAACCCGGAGCAGAUGGCAUGGCUGAAACUGCAGCAGGAGUUCUAUGAGGAGAAGAAAAGGAAGCAGGAGCAGAUGCAGCACCGGGGGCCCAUGGGUGACAUGAUGAUGCACCAACAAGGCCCCCGUGGCCCCAUGAUGCGCGGGCCCCCGCCUCCCUACCAGAUCAAUUCGGCUGGGGAGAUGUGGGGCCCUGAGCACUUCCCAGAGCAGAUGAGCAUGGGCCCCCGGGGCCCCAUGCACCCCCACAUGCAGAGGAUGCCCGGCGGCUUCCCUCCUGGCAUGAUGAACCCUGGUAUGGAGGGCGGCCCCAACCCCAGAGGGCCCCGGCCUGGAAUGAAUUGGCCCGACGACAUGGGACCCAACAUGGGCGACGGCAGGGGCUUCCCGCCCGGACAGGGGCAGUUUGUAGGGCCAGGGGGUCGGGUGGAGAGGUUCCCCAACCCACAGGCGGUGCAGGAGGCCAUGUUCCAGCAGGGCAUGGGGGGUGACAAGCAGGGCAUGGGGUUGCCCCCGGGCAUGAUCAUGGAGAUGAACAGGAUGAUGGGGGGCAACGGCCCCCGGGGGCCAAUGGAUGGCCCCGGCAAUGGCCCUAACGGAGGAGGCAUGAUGUUUCCCAGAAUGCCUGGCGACGUUGGCCCCAUGAGUCCAUCCUCCAGGAUGGAGUUUGUCAAGGGCCUGGGCAGGGACAUGGGCCCUGAGUUCAGCAUGGGCCCCGGGAACAUGAACAUGGGGCCCAAUCCCCAGAUGAUGCAGGCUAAAAUGAGGGGGGAGCCUCCCAUGAACUUGAGCCCCGAGGAGAUGAUGAAGAUGAGAGGAGGCUCCAUGCCAGAGAACAUGGGUCCUCAGAAGAUGAUGCAGGGGCCUCCCUUCCCUGACCAGGGUCACCACCCAGGGGACUUCAACAUGGGCUCCAACCGCCACUUCCCAGGCAUGGGGUCUCACGGGCCUGGGAACCCUAGGUGCCCCAGAGGUGAACCCCCCUUCGGCCCUGACCAGCGAGGACCCAACCACGGCAACAGCGGUCGCCUCAGCCAUAUGCCCCCCAACUCGGGCCCGCCUCCCAACCAGAGGAACAUGGGGGGCCGCAAGGGUCCCCAGGACAUCCAGGGCGGCCAGGCUAACUCACCCAACAUCAACCCCCUCAAGUCCCCUACGCUGAGGCAGGUCCAGUCCCCCAUGCUGGGCUCGCCCUCUGGGAACCUCAAGUCCCCCCAGACGCCCUCCCAGCUGGCCGGCAUGCUCCAGGGUCCUACGGCGGCGGCAGUGGCUGCAGCCGCGGCGGCUGCCUCCAUCAAAUCUCCCCCCAUGAUGGGUUCGGCUGGAGCCUCUCCCGUCCACAUGAAGUCUCCCUCGCUCCCGGCACCCUCCCCAGGGUGGACAUCGUCCCCCAAGCCCCCCAUGCAAAGCCCAGGCAUCCCCCAGAACAACAAGCAGCCUCCGCUCAGCAUGACCUCACCCAACAUGAUGGGCAAUGUGGAGCAAGGUGGGAAUGGUCCCCCCACAGCACCCCCUUCCAGUAGUGCUUCCAGUCUUCCGUCUGGCAGCCCCUACGCCCUGCCCCCUGAGCCCACGAUAUCUCAGAACCCCCUGUCCAUUAUGAUGUCACGCAUGUCCAAGUUCGCCAUGCCCACUUCCACGCCCCUCUACCACGACGCCAUCAAAACGGUGGCGAGCUCGGACGACGACUCGCCACCGGCCCGCUCGCCGAACCUGCCGCCCAUGAACAUGUCUGGUAUGGGAAUGAACCACCACCCGGGCCACAACCGCAUGAUGGCUCCCACGUCACAAGGCCCCAUGCCCGCUCUCAGCCCCAUGGGCAUGAACACCAUGGGCUCCCAGCCCCUCUCCCACGGCAUGCCUAACCAGAUGCCCUCGCCCAACCCAAUGGGGGGGCCCCACCAGGGGCCCAUGGGGCCGGGUAUGAUGGGGCCCCACGGCAUGAUGAUGCCCGGCGGGCAGGACCCAGGGAUGGGCAACCCUCAGAUGAUACCUCAGGGCCGUAUGGGCUUCCCCCACCGAGGCCAGGGAUUCCCCCCCGGUCACUCUCCUCCUCAGCAGGUCCCUUUCCCCCACAACGGCCCCGGGCCCCAGGGUGGUUUCCCCCACGGCAUGGGCUUCCAGGUGGAGGGGGGCCCAAUGGGCCGAAUGGGGAACAUGGGCCCUGGCGGGGAUCCGGGCGGCAUGUGUAAACCCAACACUCCCGGAGGAAGCCAGGACUUCAACAUGUUCAACAAUGAUAACGACCUCCACGAGGUCAUGCGAACGGGAGCUACCGGAAUGCCGGAGUUUGACCUCUCCCGGAUUAUCCCAUCGGAAAAGCCCAGCCAGACUCUGUCCUACUUCCCCCGCGGUGGCGACGGCCCGGGGGGGAAACCUCACCCCUCCGGCCCCCAGGGAUUCCCUCCCCAGAUGCAGGGGAUGAUGGUGGAGGGGAACCCCAGGAUCGGGAUGCCCAUGCAGGGGAUGGGAGGUCCGCCGGGCCCAGGCCACAUGGGGGGGCCCCAAGACAUGCCAAUGGGUAACCCUGGCCACAAUCCCAUGCGGCAGCUACACCCUGGCCACCCCGGCUUCAUGCCCCAGGGCAUGAUGGGACCCCAGCAUCGGAUGCUGUCGCCGGGACAGCAGCCGGGCAUGAUGGGAGGACCUGGGCAUGGGAUGAUGCAGGUUAAAGAGAGGGGGGGGCUCAUGUACAAUCACCCGGGCCCCGUGGGCUCGCCCAACAUGAUGAUGUCACUCCACGGCAUGGGUGGCCCCCAGCAGACUAUGAUGAUGCCGCCUCAGAUGAGGCCUCGCGGGAUGGCAGGGGACAUGGGCAUGGGCUUCAACCCUGGUCCCGGAAACCCCGGGAACCUCAUGUUCUGAGCUGCUACAGCUAAGUAGAAACUAAAGACCUGACUCGGAACCCGCAGGAGUCUAGAACCUGGAGUCUAGAACCUGCGCCAAAAAAGGAAUACACAUGAGACUUGUGCUCUCUUAGGCGGUUGUUGUGUGGACUGGGGACACAUACAUUCACUCUGGCACAUACGCACACACACACACGCACACACACACACACACACACUCACAUCCCGAGACACUUUUGGGCUGGUUUAGCAGUCUGUCGGGUGUGGUGGUGCAACUGCAGCGUGUUCCACUGAGGGGAGGGAUGUACACCAUUUCAGAGGGGACUGAUCUUUCUCUGUUUUGGAAAACGUAGAAUGUAUGGGACGAGUCUAGGCUCCAGUGUUCUACAGACGAAUAGGAAGCCUCUUCAUAAAAACUCCAGGGAUGACCCGGGACCAGAGGUCCGUAGUUGUACUGUUAUAAGAACAGCUAAACGACGAAAUGUAAAGAACAAUAAAGGAUUAAAAACACAAGGAACUGAAUGAAAAGACGAAAAGGUCACAGUUUUUGUUGUUGUCUCGAGUUGCACCAUUUUUGGCUGUAUGUUUACAUCUCAUCUCAUCACUACCCUCCAGAGAUUCAAUGCUAUUUGUAUUUGUGUACUGUAUUUGUGUUGUUAAAGGGAUUUUAAUAGUGACUUCUAGUUUGUUUUCCCAUCUUCUUUUGUAAAGGAGGGUGGGGGUAUGGAGAGGGGGGGGUAGCCAAAUGUCGCUGCAACUCCCACUCUGAAAUGCUGUUAACCAUGUAGGGGGGUCAAAGUAUUUUAAAAACUGCAUUUUCCUUUGUUACUCUGUAUAAUAUGCCAAACGAUGACCUCAUACAGAUAAUAGUAUUAUUAAAAAAAGCACAAACAUGAUUUAACUGUAAAGAUUUUUUUUUUUUCCCCUCCUGUUUUUAUUGUCAAAAAACACUCGGUAGGAGGGGUGAUUCUGGGGCAUACGCUGAUGAGGCCUGGUUUAGAAUUGGAUAUGGGGUUAGGGGGGGGGGGGUGAUGUCUGUCACACCUCAAACCCCUCUUAGCCCUAACGGACAAACAGACACAGCAGAAAGCAAAGCCUCUGCGCUCACCUUUCCAGGCUAGGAGUACAGAGAGGAGAGUAAAAGAAGAAGAAGAAGCCUUAACCAUGUCUGGGUUACUUGGAGGGGUGGUGACCAUGGAAUUUUGCUGAAUAAAAAAAAACCAGAAAUGACGACAAAAAAAGCAAAACAGAAAAUGAGCUAGUAGGUUGUAUCUGUGUCCCUGCCUCUCCUGUGUUAACACGUUGUCAUGUGACUCCAUUGAAUUUGGUACAGAGCUGUGGUGUUGGAAGACUAAUAAAAUAUAUUGUUUGGUA